GUAGUGACAGACGGAGGGCUUCCAUGCUAAGCAGCGACUAACCACAUUAAAGCUUCAGAGAGGAGGCUUGUUACAUUUCCUGGAGCUCGAAGUCGUCUUCAGUCGUCCAUCCAGUAGUUUCCACCUCAGAGGGACUUUGUUUUCCGGUCUGCUUGGCUCUUUAAAGCACCUUACGCUUGCAGAAAGUGACCAAGCACGCCGCCGCUACGAGAGAAGAAAAACAAGCUCGGCGAGCGGUGUGCUAAGCUGUGUGAUCAUUGACAGAGUUCAAUACACACAAGCCCCGACCGAAAACUGGGCCGAGAGCGGUGCUGCGUGGCUCCGGGGUUCGUUGAGAGGCCACGGCUGGGAACAUUUCUGCCUCAGAAGUCGAGGUAUUGCACAGUGCAGCUUUUUCUUUGAGCCACAGCCAGAGACUUGACCAGUAAGACCAGUUUCCAUCAGCUUGUCUGCAGCCCCCCUACCCACCCCAACAGUCUUCUGCCCCAGCAUGAAUGAAGUCAGUGUUGUUAGAGAAGGAUGGCUCCAAAAGAGAGGUGAAUACAUCAAAACAUGGCGGCCUCGUUACUUCAUCCUGAAGAGCGACGGAUCCUUUAUCGGAUACAAAGACAAGCCUGAGGUGUCCAGCGACCUCAGCCAGCCGCCGCUCAAUAACUUCUCCGUCGCAGAGUGCCAGCUGAUGAAGACAGAGCGGCCCCGGCCCAACACGUUCGUCAUUCGAUGUCUGCAGUGGACCUCGGUGAUUGAGCGGACCUUUCAUGUAGACACCAAGGAGGAGAGGGAGGAGUGGAUGCGAGCCAUCCAGGCGGUGACAAACAGCCUGAAGAGUCAGCAGCAGGAAGAGGAACCCAUGGAGAUCAAAUUUGGCUCGCCGAGUGACAGCAGCGGCACCGAGGAGAUGGAGAUCGCCAUGUCCAAAUCCCGUACAAAAGUGACCAUGAUCGACUUUGACUACCUGAAGCUGUUGGGCAAAGGGACUUUUGGCAAAGUGAUCCUGGUGAAGGAGAAAGCCACAGGGAUGUACUACGCCAUGAAAAUCCUUCGUAAAGAAGUCAUCAUUGCUAAAGACGAGGUGGCUCACACAGUCACAGAGAGCAGAGUUCUCCAAAACACCAAACAUCCCUUUCUAACGACACUAAAGUAUGCAUUUCAAACAAAUGACCGGUUAUGCUUCGUGAUGGAGUAUGCAAACGGAGGAGAACUCUUCUUUCACUUAUCCCGGGACAGAGUAUUCACUGAAGAUAGAGCACGAUUCUACGGUGCAGAAAUAGUAUCAGCACUGGAGUAUCUACAUUCACGCAAUGUGGUUUACAGGGACUUGAAGCUUGAGAACCUCAUGUUAGACAAAGAUGGCCACAUAAAGAUAACGGACUUUGGGCUGUGUAAAGAGGGCAUCACAGACGGCGCUACCAUGAAAACCUUCUGUGGAACCCCAGAGUACCUGGCCCCAGAGGUUCUGGAGGACAAUGACUAUGGACGUGCAGUGGACUGGUGGGGACUGGGAGUAGUGAUGUAUGAGAUGAUGUGUGGUCGGUUGCCGUUCUACAACCAGGACCACGAGCGCCUGUUUGAGCUGAUCCUGAUGGAGGAGAUCCGCUUCCCCAAGAGCCUGGCCCCAGAGGCCAAGGCUCUGCUGGCAGGCCUGCUUAAAAAAGAUCCCAAGCAAAGGCUCGGAGGUGGACCAGACGACGCCAAAGAAGUGAUGACCCACAAGUUUUUCACCUCCAUCAACUGGCAGGAUGUUAUUGAGAAAAAACUUAUUCCCCCCUUCAAGCCGCAGGUGACAUCAGAGACGGACACUCGUUACUUUGACGAUGAGUUCACAGCACAAUCUAUUACAAUUACCCCUCCAGACAAAUUGUUAGUGUGUGUAUGUGUGCGCGCGUGUGUUGAUCUGAACGCAGAAAAAGCAGCAGGUUUGUGACUCGGCAGCGACCACAUGGUGGCCUCACUUUCUGCAGGAAACACAGCGAUCGGAUGGCUUUUCUUUUACAACUCCAGCACCUCUUCUCAUCGGCUCAGGCACAGCCAUCACUCUGACCCGGAGUCCUGCUCAGGGCAUGGAAGGCCCGGAUCAGAACCAUUGCACUGAUGGACUCCACUGUGGAACUGCCUUCAUUGCUAUCAUGGCCACAAGGGGCUGCUGCUGGACUCGGUGGUGGUGGCGAAGCCAUAGACUGAAGCUCUUUGUCGGCCACGCUAUAAGCAAUGCUUUACAGCUGAACAUGCAAGUUCAAAAAGCCCUGACCUCUCCUGUAGGCGUACACUGGCACAACAAGUGCCUCUUUGCUUUUCUGUAAAUACCAAAAAGAGAAAAAAGGAGCUUGAUGGUGAAUGCAGCAUUAGCAGGGGAAGCCUGAAGCUUUGUAGUCUUUAAUUUGCAGCUUUACCAUGUUUUUUUCUGUAUAUUUGAAUGUGAUCAAUGGUCAGGAAUGUCAUACCUGAUGCUGAUGUUAGAACUUUUUUUUUUUUUUGAUGCACAGAGGGCAAUGAAAAAAAGCAAUCUUCAAAGGAAGGACGUUCUAGCAGGCAUUUCAAGGACUUUACAUUGUGAUGGGUGGUACCCAUUACAGAAUGGUAGCUUAUAAUAUUUGCAACUAUAAUGUGCCAGUAAACCU